AUGGCGGACCGCGUCAAAGAGUUCGCCCAGCACAGGAGCCUUGUGGACGACAUGGUUCAUGAAGUCGUGGCCGAUUGUUGGCGCGGCACGGCGUUGUUCUACGACGUGCGCCGAGCUCCGGCGAAGGAUACUUCAGGGGCCAUCGAACACCAGGAAAACGGCAACGCAGCGCAGACACAGAGGACGGUCAUGAGCCAGGAGGGCUUCGAGCAGGUCUGCAAGGACAUCGUCAACGCUGUGUGGAACGUGCAGAAACAGCAGAUCCUGGCCCUGGCGAUGUGCCAGCACGGCUUCCACAAGUUCGACGCGAGCGCGCGCCAGUGCAUCGCGAUGCAGAACUACCUGUCGAGGGCGAUGCUGAACCACCUGUCGAGGAACACGAUCUUCAACUCGGGUGAGCAGUACGGCAAACGCGGGCACAUCGCCAUGCUGGAGAACGUCAGAAAGUGGCUGCAGCCUGGGAAGGCGCGGGAGCUCACGGACGGCGGCGAGCCGCCCUACUCCCAGCUCUACGCGCGCAGGGCCGUCAGGGUCGACUUCGAGGCUUGCGCGACGCGGAAGACCUUGUGGGGCCGGGCCCAUGCAAAGUGCCACAUGGCGCGCCAGAUCGG